CUUUGUUGUCAAAGGCUGCUUUGGUAGAACCUCUAAAAAAGUGUCAAUGGUCUGGACAGCGUGCACUAUACCAUUUCUAAUGCUUGCGGCUGUUCGUGCUUUAUUUGACACCGAUAGCACAACAUCUUAUUCUAUGUGCUCUUUAGAUUUAUUUAUAGUGUUACCGGCAUAUAUUUCUUAAGUGUUCUUUUCUAUACCUGCAGUUGUAGAAAUGCUACAGGCGAGAAGUGCCCCUCAGCCUCAAAAGGCACAAAAAAGUGCCCCGUUUCUCGAGCAAGCACAACAGUCCCCUACAGAUCUGUGGGAGGAUGGCCAAGACCUUAAUGGUUUGGAUUACGAAGUUGAACCGUCACACACAGCCCCCACACCACCACCACCAGCACACAUGGACACUACAUCCAAGCCUGCUGCAGACGCACUCCCCACAGCUGCAGACCCAAAAGCCCACACUCCUUUUACUGACAUUGGUGAUGGCAAGUAUCACGUGAAAGACGGUUUCAUGAUUGGAAGCAAGCAGGCGGAAAAAAUCCUGGGCCAUAAAAAACCUCCACUCGUUGUAAAGGAUAUGGCCCAAGCCAUAUGGGGUCGCGAAGGAUUGGCGGAGCGAAGUUAUGGAGGCAAAUUAGCCCCCAAGGACUACAAGAACCCCAACGCAGUCGUGCGGAAGCAACUGAGUCCACACAAGGUUGCUUUGAUUAUUGACACCGUGACACAUUGGGGGUCGAGGAGUGGAGUCCCAGUUAAGGAAACGCUGGACAAUUUGUCUACCAUUUUGUCUCAAAAAAUUCAAGACGUCAGGAGGACAAAGAGAAAGGAAGAUUGAAUGCUUCAAAAAUCUUUUCUUUUGACUUCACAUUAUUACCUUUUUUUUAAGUGCCAUUCACUUAUCAAUAAAUUAUU